GAGUAAGGCUGGGGAGCUGUCUUCAGCACUGUAACCACAUCCCGUUACACUGGGGGGAUAGCCUAGCCCACGAAGAAUAACCAGAGGAAUAGCCCUAUUUUUACACAAUGCUAUCAAGUGGAUGGACAGUAAACAAAACCCUCUUGUUGAUGAACUGAGAAGGAUUGAGAAGAUUUACUCUAGACUGGGGCUGCAUCUUGGAUCUUGGUUCGUUGAGAAAUGCCGGGGCUAACGAGGAACUGUGUUUUUUGGGUUGUGUCUGCCAUCCUUCUGACAGGAUACUUUGACACGGAUGCUUUGCAUGGGGUUGCUAUGGAUAGAGGUUUGGUAGUGAAACACUUGAAAUCUCAAGACCCCUCUGGGAUUUCAAGACAACUGGAGUCAGAUGAAGGUCUGGAGGCCUUGACCCACAAGACAUACAAAGGAAAGGGUGCUAUUUCUAGACAAAAGCGGAAUAUUCUUUUCCCCAGUGGAGUGAAGCUUUGUUCUCAAGAGACUGUAGACCAGGCGAUAGAAAACCAUCUGAAGUACUUUCACCAGCGAGUGUGUCAGGAGACGGUGUGGGAGGCGUUCAAGAUCUUCUGGGACCGUCUACCUGAGAGAGAUGAGUACCAGGCCUGGGUUAACUUAUGUCAGGAUGGAACUGUCAGCGUGAUGGAGAUUGGCAGCAACUUCAGCCGAUCAGAGGAGCACGUCUCUCUUGUUAGGGCUAGAGUGGUGAUGACUGCUGCUCCAAAUAGCGAGCCCACAAGCUCAGGGUCCAAAGUGUGCAGUCCAACUGCGGCAACUCCACCAGAAUUGGCCACCACCCAAAAAGAUAAUGAAGUCAUUGUCAUACAGCCAGACACCUUCCCAACCUUGCGAGGAGAUGUUGACAUCAUUCCUGUCAUUACUGCAGAGCCAGUUGAGGAGGUCACAGAGAUGGUCCCGCCAGAAACUACUGACUCUGUGACGGAAGAUGCUGACAUCGACGUCACCUCAGAGACCGACGAGACAAUACAGGAGAUAGGAGAGGACGCCACUACCGAAGCUGCCUUUGAUGUCAACUCCGAAAAAGCAGUUGAAGUCAUUGCUGAGACUAGUGAUGAGGUUAAUAUGGCUGCUUUUGAGGAAUCAUCCGAUGCUACCUCAGAUGACACUGUGGAGAUCACAUCUGAACCUAUUGUCACUGUCGUCCACGAGCCCAUUAAUGAGGUAAUUGGGAAAAUGUAUGAGGAAGUAAUCUCAGAUACCACACACAAUACAGUGGAGGAGGCAGAAGAGGCCGCUGCAGAGGUCCCACCAGAAGCUGCCAUUGUGAUCCCUGCAGAGGUCCCAUCAGAGGCUGCCAUUGAGAUCCCUGCAGAGGUCCCUUCAGAAGCUGCCAUCGAUAUGCCUGUUGGGUCCACAGACAAGGAUAUCCCAGAACCUGAAAUAACAUUUAUUCCAGAAACUUCUUUGGAGGCCAUUUCUGAAACCCCUUCUGAAGCGCCUUCGGAGGCUGCCACAGAAAUCACUUCAGAUACCAUAGACAAGGAGAUCACAGAGGGUACUACAGAAAUCACUUCAGAUACCAUAGACAAGGAGAUCACAGAGGGUGCCACAGAAAUCACUUCAGAUACCAUAGACAAGGAGAUCACAGAGGGUGCCACAGAAAUCACUUCAGAUACCAUAGACAAGGAGAUCACAGAGGGUGCCACAGAAAUCACUUCAGAUACCAUAGACAAGGAGAUCACAGAGGGUGCUACAGAAAUCACAUCAGAUACCAUAGACAAGGAGAUCACAGAGGGUACUACAGAAAUCACUUCAGACACCAUAGACAAUGAUAUCACAGAGGGUGCUACAGAAAUCACUUCAGAUACCAUAGACAAGGAGAUCACAGAGGGUACUACCGAAAUCACUUCAGAUACCAUAGACAAGGAGAUCACAGGGGGUACUACAGAAAUCACUUCAGAUACCAUAGACAAGGAGAUCACAGAGGCUACUACAGAAAUCACAUCUGAUACCAUAGACAAGGAGAUCACAGAGGGCGCCACAGAAAUCACAUCAGAUACCAUAGACAAGGAGAUCACAGAGGGUGCCACAGAAAUCACUUCAGACACCAUAGAUGAGGAGAUUAAAGAGGCUGCUAUAGAGGUCACUUCAGAUACCACAGAUGAGGAGAUCACAGAAGCUGCGGUAGAAGAAAACGUCACUUUGGAGACCACUUCAGACAUUGCUACCAAGGCAACGUCAGAAGAUACUACAGAUGAGGAUAUUCCAGAGGAUGCAGCAGAAUUAACUCCAGAGGUUUCUCCAGGGGACACUUCAGAGCCUGAAGCUGCCAUGGAGAUCCCUUCAGAGGGUUCAGAUGGAGGUGUUCAGGAGUUCCCUGUGGAGACCACCUCAGAGGCUACAGUAAAUGUUGCCCCAGAAGACACUGAAGAGGAGACCCCUGAGAUUUUAGAGGAAGUUAUCUCAGUUGCCACAACGCAUUUGAUACUCGAGGCUACGGAGGAGAUCACUCCAGAGACUGUACUAGAGGAUACUGUAGCCACGACUACUAAUGAAGUGGUAAUAGAAAUUGGUCCUGAGGAAGAAGUCACUCCAGAAACUUCAGUAAAGGCCAUUCCAGAGGAUGUAACAGGGAUCACUGAAGAAGCAACAAUAAAGGCUGAAGUCACUCCUGAGGCUGAAGUAGAGAUGAAGGAAGUUACGAUGGAGGUCACCUCAGAAGCCACUUUGGAGGUCACUCCUGAAGUUGAAGUAGAGUUAACUCCAGAAACUGCAGUAGAGGACAAUCCCGAGGUGGAGAUAGAGGUAACUCCAGAGUCUACUGAAGAAGUUCCUGAGGAAGCAGAAGAGGUCCUUUUGGAGACUGCAGUGGAAGACACUCCAGAGGCUGUAGAAGAAAUUCCCCCAGAGACUGUAGAGAUAACUCUGGAAGCUGCUGAAGAAGACUCAACAGAAACUGUAGAAGAAAUAGUUUCAGUGACUCCAGAAGAGAUAACACCAGAACCUUCAGAGGAGGAAAUUCCAGAACCUUCAGAGGAGGAAACUCCAGAGGCUUCAGAAGAGGUCCCAUCUGAGGCAGUAGACGAGAUCAUUCCAGAAGCUACAGAAGAGGCUUCCAAAAAGACAAUUACUGAAACUACAGAAGAAGCUUCCGAAGAGAUCAUUCUAGAGCCUUCAGAAGCUGCAGCGGAGAUAACCACAGAGGCUGCAGGUGAGUCCACUCCAGAGGCGACACAGGAGGCUGAUGUGGAGAUUACUCAUGAGGUUACCACAGAAACUGGAAUUUUGACGGACACAGAGGAGAACAAUAAUGGCGAUCGUUAUAAGGAUGCAGACGAGAACAAUAAUGGCGAUCGUUAUAUGGAUGCAGAGGAGAACAAUAACGGUGAUCGUUAUAGGGUCACCGAAGAAUCAAAUGAUGACUUCCUAGGGAUCCAAGAUAUCAUAACAGAGGUGGAAAACACGCUGGGCAAUGAGAUCGAGGACAUCAUGACGAGGCCGUCCACACCCAUGAAGGAGCAGGUGGUAGAACUCAGCAUCCAGCUGAAGGGAGAGAACUACAACGACGCCCUGAGAGACCCCUCUAGCUUCUACUACCAACGCGUAGCCAAACAUUUCACCCAUAAGAUUGAAGAUGCAUUUGAAAGGUUACCAGGAUUCAAGAAGGUCUUUGUAGUUGAAUUCAGGCCUCAGAAGGACCUCCAAAGGGGUAUGUUGUCUGUGGUAGUCCAUUACGCAGUGACUCUGGAAGUGGACGGGGCAGGCAUCAGUAACGAGACCAUGGACUACAUCAACCUCCAGUCCAACGUGGUGGAGAAGUCUUACCGUGACGCUGUUGAACGCCCCACUGUGGUCUACACCAUAACAGACUUCCGAAACUACAUCACUGAAGCCCUGCACAAGGAGAACUUCAUGAGCAACACCACUCUGGAUGUAGACCCUGACUCACUGCAGCUAGAGCGAGUUGAUAACUUGUUUAUGGGAGGGAGACCCACCACCAAACCAGAAGAGUCCAAUGACAUGAUGGACAAUGUUCUGGCUGCUGAGAAACCACCAGAUGCUCCUGGCCAAGACUUGGAUGUCAGCGACAUCUUCCUGAAGAAGGAUGAUUUCCUGUUUCCUGUGGACCCUUUGAAAGGCUCCGGGAGCGUUGUGGCCAGUGAAAAUGAUGUGUUCGUUCUGGAUGAAACCACCUUGCCACCCAGCACCACUGCUGUCCCUGCAGAGAAUAAUGGAAAUAUUGAAGAAGAGGGAUUUCUUCUCAGCAACACUCAGCAAGACUCUGAUACUCCCGAUGGGGAUGGUGUGGUCGGUGCUGGAGGCUCCUCUACCUCCUCCCCUUCACAACCACAGACCACAGAGGCCCCUGUCCCGGCACCUCCCAGAGUAGACCCAGAUUUGGAUGCUGGCUCUGGCUCCGGCUUCUCUGGGGAUGACCAAGGGGCUGACGUCUUCCCAUGGUUUCCCGUGACAACUGAGGAGACAGACUACAUAGAGGAGGAUGAGGAGGAUUAUGUGGUGGGGGAGGUGCAUUUUCCAGAUCCAGAAGUGGAACCAAAGGAGGAAGAGAAGAAGGAUGAGGAGAAGGGGGAAGAGAUCACCGAAUCUGUCCUGACUGAAACUCCAGAGGAUAUGGGUCCUUUUGAGUCCCAUCCAGAAUCUGCCCCAGUUGAGGAAGAGCCACAACAGCCUUUCUUGGACAAGCUGCCUGUGACCCAAGACAUUAGUACCCGACCUGACUACACGACCACCGCUGAAGUCCCUGUGUUCUGGACCGCAGAGACCCUGACCGUGGAGCUUUCCAUACAGACGCUGGAGGCCUCUGGGAUUUAUGACGAUUAUUACCCAAGCGAACCAUUCACCAUCAUAGCACCAGUCACUGAUUAUCCCUAUCCUCAGUUUUACACCACUGAGGCCCUGGUGUUGGAAGGGCCAGCAGCUGAGACCCAUGGUUGUGUUGAAGAGCUGUCGGAGCCAACUAGUCCAAUAGAGGUUGAACUCCCCACAGUUACUGAGUCACCUACCUUCAUAGACAUGGAGCUGUUCACAGUCAAGGAGUCCAUCUUCGAUAUGAUCACCUCCGAACCACCAGAAAUCGAAGCCUUCACUGACAGACCUUUACUCUUGGUGCCCGAUCCUGAGGAUGAAGAUGGAGAGGUGGAGAUCUUGGAGGAACAGGGGGCGGAGGUCGCAGGGCCCUUGGCCACACUACUCCCAGCCCUUGACAUAUCAGAGGAGGACCUAGCUGAAGAUCAAAUCUUUGUUGUGGCUGCAGGUACAGCAGCCCUGGAAGUCAUAGAGUCUCAUAGCAUCUUAUCCCCCGAGAAGGAAUCUCCCUUCUCUCGUAUAUCUGACUCUGUACCAGAAGAGGAGGAAGCCACACACCACCCAGCCACCACAGAAAUAGCACCACAUGGUGACAUUGAAAUCUCUGAGACACCUGCAAUUGCCCCAACAAUCCCACCUCCAUUCUUCCAGCCCACAUUCAGACCCACAGAAAACCUGCUUGAGGCAGCAGAAGAGUCAGAUGUUAGCAUUGAAGAAGGAGAUGUUAGCAUGGCGCUAGCACCCCCUUCCCCAGCUCACGACACAUACGAACUAGAAGUCGGCACUUCAAUCCAAGCGGUUGGAGACUACGCACCAGACUCCCCCAUGUCGGAAAUUGACCUCACCUUCAACGUGUAUGACGGAACGAGUCACAUGGACGGGGACAGCAGCGGGUACUCCAGCAUCGCCCACGGAUCAGACGUGGGCAGCAUCGCCAUGGCGAAAAGCCCUGGCAAGGAUCUGAUGGUGUUCUUCAGCCUGAGGGUGACCAACAUGAUGUUCUCUGAGGAUCUCUUCAACAAGAAUUCCACAGAGUACAAAGCCCUGGAGCAGAGGUUCCUCGAACUGCUCAUCCCUUACCUGCAGUCCAACCUCAGCAACUUCCAGAACCUGGAGAUCCUGAAUUUCCGUAACGGCAGCAUCGUGGUGAACAGCAGGAUGAAGUUUGGGAAGCCCGUCUCUCGGGGGGUCACCAAUACUGUGUACCUUAUCCUAGAGGACUUUGCUAACUCAGCCUUCCAAACCAUGAACCUCGCCAUAGACAAAUACUCACUGGAUGUGGAAUCAGGCAACCAGGCAAACCCCUGCAAGUUCCAAGCGUGUAAUGAGUAUUCGAUGUGCACGGUGAACCGCUGGUCCGGGGAGGCGGAGUGUGUGUGUGACGCUGGUUACUUCAGUGUGGAUGGACUGCCGUGCCAGAGUAUCUGUGACCUGCAGGAGGACUUCUGUCUCAACGAUGGGAAGUGUGAUGUCAUCCCUGGCAAGGGAGCCAUCUGCAGAUGUCGUGUUGGAGAGAAUUGGUGGUACCGCGGUGAACACUGUGAGGAGUAUGUGUCAGAACCUCUGGUGGUGGGCAUCGCCAUAGCGUCGGUGGCUGGAUUCCUAUUGGUGGCCUCUGGGGCAAUCUUCUUCCUGGCCAGGACUCUGAGGGACGGUUAUGACAAGGAGGAUUCAGAGGAUCCUCUACGAGAUCAGGACAGUGUGCCAUCCUUAGAGAGAGCCACCAAGUUCAACCCCAUGUAUGAGAGUGAUGUGGCCACGGCAGAGUACUACAGACGGUACGAAGACGACGUGCCGCACCACAGUACGGGCAGCGCAGACCCCUCUGUGGACUUCUGCAGUGACGAGAUACUCCAAAUCUACGACAACUCCGAGCUCACCAGAGAGCAAAUUCAGGACCGCCUAAGGAUAAUUGAGCUGUGUGCCAAAGACCGUCAGUUUGCAGACUUUGUACGGCAGCAUCAAGUAGCGCUGGACAGAAGAGCGAGCUCUGAAACAUAGGAAUGCUGGAGAGCCAGCUGAUCACUGUGAACCUCAAGAAACAUGCCUUUGUCUUUGACUUGAGAAAGAGGAAAGUGUCUUCUGUUGCCAUGGUGCUUCUGAUGGACUCUGCAGGAUGACCAGAUGAAGAGGAUGGAUAUUUAAAAGAACAUCUUCUCUAUGAGGCAUGAUGUCUUGUGCUGUUGCAACGUGUCACUGACUCUGUUUCUAUGACCUGAUCUUUUUCUAAAGGGGGAGUGCACUGUAAAUACUUUUAUUUUUGUUGUUUCAUUUUUUCCUUCGGUUAUCACAGCCAUCACCUUAUCCUAUGAGCUAGCCUCCUGCUCAGCUAGCCAUCAAACAUCUAGAUACAGUUACUGUCAAAAGGGUUUGCUGCAUUGCACCUCUUACUUGCACUAAUCUGUGAACAAACAAACAGACUUCAAUUGUUGUGUCCUUAGUUAGUUUGGACGUGUGGGUCCCUUCCUGCUCUGUUCUCCCUAAUCAUGGUCUUCUUCAGUGCCUUCACUUGGUUUCAGUUAGCAUUGUGGGGUGUUGUGUCCUGAAAUGUAAAGCGGCUGCUGGCAGGACCCUUGAAGUUCACUGGAUGUCACUGGAAGGCUACUGUCCUGCAUGGAAAAUAACUACUGGUUUAAUCUAUUUUGUUUCCACAUAAUUUCAACCCAAAAAUUCAAUGUGAUGAAGUUGACUGUUUGGAGUAGAAAAGAGAAAUCAACGUAAGAGAAUUUAAUAAUUUUUUCACCUAACUUUUAACCUAAAUCCAAUGACUUGGUGACAUUUUUUGUUGAUUCCACGUUGAAUUCACGUUAGUUGACAACUCAACCAAAUGUAAAUCAAAACUAUACAUAGAACUGACAUCUGUGCCCAGUGGGUACUGACUGGAUGGCACAGGCUAACGCUAUAUAGCUUCCACUGAAGUGAUCAAAUAUCCUGGUUGCUGUACUUGAACAUGAUUUUGGCAAAAAGUUGUAGAUAAUCAAUUGUGUAGACAUACAUUCAUUGUGUAUUUAACUGUUGAAUAUAGAUUGAUACUGGAAUUGUGAUUGUUAGUAACCCCUUUUGGUCAUAGCCCAUGAAAACAUGUUUCUCUGAGUUCUCAUUUCUCAAAUCUGACAUCUGCUGCUUUGGGUUAGUCCACGUAUCCAUGACGAUCCCAAGUAACCAUGAGGAUCCCAAGCCUUUGUAUAUAUCAGGAGUCGACUGUAUUCAUCCACAUGUUUUGAUGAACCAAAUGUCCUCGACCCAUUGAAAAAGGGGUUAAAUGUGUACGUUGUCUCUGUUGAUGUGUUUUCUAUGUUUUCUCAUAGUUCAGCGAUUAACAAGACAAUGGGGUUAUGAUCUGUGUUGUGUAUGUUAGACUUACUGGUUGAAAGCCAACAGGCACUUUUUGUAAUAAAAUGUCAAUAUUUUUUACAAUA